GGGAUGUGAAGUGUGGCUGCGCGCGCUCCGCUCUGUCAGUGACGCCGGCGGGGAAGGAGCCCGGUCGGCGGGAUGGGGGACGACAUGGACGUGAUUCCCGAGCGGGAGAUGAAGGAUUUUCAGUUCAGAGCGCUGAAGAAAGUACGGAUCUUCGAAGCCCCCGAGGAGCUCCCCAAAGAGCGUUCCAGUCUCCUCGCCGUCUCCAACAAAUACGGAUUAGUGUUUGCUGGUUCCGCUGCCGGGCUACAGAUCUUCCAGACGAAAAACCUGCUCAUGCAGAUUCAGGCAGGGGACUCUCCAAACAAGAUCGUUGAGAACGUCCAGAGUCUGUUCGUUCCCACGAAGUUUCGUGUGCAUCACCUGGCGCUCAGCUGUGAUAACCUGACGCUCUCUGUCUGCAUGGCCUCAAGCGAAGUCGGAUCCUUCAUUGGCUUUUUCGAUGUCCGGACCUUUGUGAAUCAGGCGAAGCAGCAAAAGCGACCAUUUGCCUAUCAGAAGAUGGCCGGGGCGUUGGUCAGCGACCUGAAGUGGAACCCUGUCAACGCCUCCAUGUUGGCCGUCUGUUUGUCUGACGGAAGCGUCUCCGUCCUGCAAGUGGCGGACGCCGUGAAGGUGUAUGCCACGCUCCCUGCUUCGGUGGCUGUUACAUCAGUGUGCUGGAGUCCAAAAGGAAAGCAACUCGCGGUGGGCAAACAGAACGGCACCGUGGUCCAGUAUCUGCCUAACCUUCAGGAGAAGAAAAUAAUUCCCUGCCCUCCAUUCUAUGAUUUGGAUAACCCUGUCAAAGUCUUGGACGUUUUGUGGGUCGGCACUUACGUCUUCAGUAUCGUCUACGCGGCUGCGGACGGGACCUUGGAGACGGCACCGGAAGUGGUGAUGGCUGUGCUUCCUAAAAAGGAGGACAAGCGGCCGGAGAUGUUUGUGAAUUUUAUGGAGCCCUGCUACGGCAGCUGCACGGAGAGGCAACACCACUACUUCCUUAACUACGUGGAAGAGUGGGAUCUAGUCCUGGCAGCAUCCGCCGCCUCUACAGAAGUCAGCAUCCUCGCAAGGCAAGAUCAGAACAACUGGGAACUCUGGGUUCUAGAAGACUCCAACCGAGCAGAACUUCCCGUGACGGAGAAGAGUGACGACACCUUGCCAGUCGGAGUGGCGCUUGACUGCACCAGCAACGUCCCCAUAACCAUCAGUGAGGACAAGACCUUAGACCCCGCGCCGGUGCUGCUGCUGCUGUCCACAGAUGGGGUGCUGUGCCCUUUUUACAUGCUCAAUCAAAACCCUGGAUUGAGGUCCCUCCUUGUGACACCUGAGCCUCUCUCCGCAGAAGGGGACCGAGGAGCGAAAUCAGCCGGAAGUACUCCCCCUUCAUCGGCUUCUGCCUCUGCUCCCCCGAAGGUUGACACAGCCCCGCCUGUCGCUGCCCCUGCCCAGUUGUCUGUUUCCGCCGGCGGGGCAGCCGCGUUCUUCACCUCCUCCACUUUAAAGAUUACCGGCUCCACCGCCGACGCGUCUCUGCCGUAUCCCUUCCCGUUGGAAGCCCCCAAGCCUCCCCCUGCUUCCAACCUGGGCGGAGCAACCGGCUUCUCCUUCUCUUCCGCCCCCUCCAAAGUGCCCCAAGCUCCAGGCCCGUCAGCCGGCCCCGUUCCCGCCUCCUCUUUCUCCUUCGGCUCCGUGAGCUUCAAAAGCAACGCCGAGGGCUCAGCCGGCCCUGCGCCGUCCGUAACGCCCGUCGGGCCGAAGCAGAGUUUUGCCCCUUCGGCUUCCACCGUGAAAAUCAACCUCAGCGAAAAGUUCACUGCUGUGGAAUCCUCUACACCCGCUAUCAGCAGCAGCAGCCAAAGUUCAACCAUCUUCUCCUUUUCUCCUGCCGCCAAGCCUGCGCCCGGGGGACCCCUAAGCCAGACCCCUCUGCUCUCCACUCCGCCUCCCGCACCGCUAAAGGCUUCGACCCCCGUGUCUUCCACAAUGGUUCGUCCUGCUCAGAGCGCUCCCCCGGCGUCCGUGCACCAGAAAACACCCAAGAUUUCCCCAGCGGUGCUGAAAUCCAGCCCAUCCCAGGUCCGACAGCAGCCUCCUGGUGCCGGGACGGAGAAGCCACUCCAUCAGUGGAAGGAUUCGGAUCCCGUUAUCGCAGGAAUAAGGGAGGAGAUUGCGCAUUUCCAGAAGGAGAUGGAAGAGCUGAAAGGCAGGACGGCCAAAGCCUCUUUCCAGGUGGGCACGGACGAGGAGAAGAAGCUGCUGAGGACGGAGUCCAAUGACCUCCACACCUUCCUCUUGGAGAUCAAAGAGACCACGGAGUCUCUUCACGGAGACAUCAGCCUUCUGAAGACGAACCUGCUGGAGGGAUUUGCAGGGGUGGAAGAAGCAAGACAGAAGGACGAACGGACCCACAACUCUGAGUACUUGCAUUUGCUCUAUAAGAAGCCUUUAGAUCCAAAGAGUGAAGCCCAACUUCAGGAGAUCCGACGCUUGCACCAGUACGUGAAAUUCGCCGUCCAGGAUGUGAACGACGUUCUGGAUUUGGAAUGGGACCGGCACCUGGAGCAGCAGAAGAAGCAGAAGCGCUUAAUGGUCCCCGAGCGAGAAACUCUGUUCAAUGCCCUCACUAAUAACCGGGAGAUCAUAAACCAGCAGCGGAAAAGACUGAAAAACCUGGUGGACAGUUUGCAGGAGCUUCGCUUGUACAACCACGCAGCCCCGUGGAAGCUUUCCGCGCCGGCCUCUUCCCACAGCAGCGUUCAGAGCCUUGACAGCGAACUGGAGAGCUUAAGUAACGCCUUGACCAAAGCUACUCUCGAAUCGUGCACGAAAACAUCUCCGAAAUCAGCAGCUAAACUCUCCCCCGUGAAGCAGGCCCAGCUGAGGAAUUUCCUCGCAAAGAGGAAGGUGCCACCCGUGAGGUCAACUGCACCAGCCAGCCUCUCCCAGUCGGCCUUCCUGUCCUUGAGGUACGACGAAGACUUGGACGACGUGAGCUCCGCCUCUUCGGUGGCCCCGUCGCUGGAGAACGAGGCUAUUCAAGCCCCGGAUCAAGAGGAGGAGGAGGAGCUGGCCCCGAUCCCGGUGCCUCGCCACGCCCCCGUCGUCCGGACCCCCUCGAUUCAGCCUGGCCUCCUGUCUCAGCCCCUGCCUCUCGGCAAAGCCCAGGUCCCUGUGGGCGCUUUGAUAUCCACCCCCAAAAUCAUCCCCCAGGGAGCAGACAGUACGAUGCUGGCAACGAAGACGGUGAAGCACGGGGCACCUGCUCCUUCGGUCACUCUCCCAGCACCACAGGCAGCUGCCGAAGCAGCCCUCAGGCGACAGAUGGCCAGCCAGAAUCCAGCCGCGAGCGCAUCCUUGACCGAGUCGACUUUGAAGAACGUCCCUCAGGUGGUGAACGUGCGGGAGCUGAAAAGCAACACCUCUCCUCCAGCCGUUUCGGCAGUCAUAGGAUCGUCGGUUCCUCAGUCUGCCGCCCAAGCCGUCCACCAGGUUCUGGCAACAGUAGCUACAAAUCAAGCUAAUCAGGCUCCUCCGCCCAGCUCCACCCCCCUGGCAGGUGUCGCCGUUGCAUCCCCUGGUCAGACGUCGGCCGGCAAGAAGAACUCAGGCCAAGGGCCCAUGAAGACAGCCGCCGCCACCGCCGUGACCUCGUCUGCCGUAACGUCCACCCCGGCGACCGCUAGCCAGUUCAACAAAGCCUUCGCCUUCGCCUCCUCAGGACCUGGAUUUAACUUCGCCGCCGUCACUUCUUCCCCUGCUACACCUGGCUCUGCUGCAUCACAAGCGGCCCUAACCGCCCCGGCGAAAGAAGCGAGCCAGCCCGACGGGUUUUCCCUCGGCGGGAGCGCCAAGUUUGGAACUGCUCCGGAGAGCUCGUUUGCUUUCGGGACCGCCAAAGCGCCCGGCCUUUCAGGAGCCUCCGUGGCGAGCGGCAGUUCUGGGGAUCCGUGCCAGGCCAACGGGCAGAGCGCCGCCGGCACCGCUCCUCUCCCCCCCGCGGCCUCCGGCAAACUGGAGACCCUUCCGUCGAAGCAAGGCGACCAUCUCUUUCAGGGCACCGUGGCUGGGGAAACCCUGGGGAGCUUCUCUGGGUUGAGAGUCGGUCAAACGGACGAGAGCAGCAAGCCUGCCCCUACCAAGCCUCCCUCGGCUAGCCUCGCAAGUGGGCAGGCACCCAAAGCCACGGCGGGACCGGCCGGAUUUCCUCUCGGGAGCUCCCUGCAGGCUGGCAAGCCAACGGAAGCCUCAGCUCCGCCGGCCGCUCCGCCACCUACAGCCGUUGGCCCUGGCACCAUCUUUGGCAACGUCCAGUUGGUCAACGCCGGACCCCCGGCCGUCUUUGGCCUCGGAGCGUCCGUGAGCGGCGCCAAGGCUCCCUUCACUUUCGGCAUCCAGCCGGCGAGCGCCGCGUCAGCCUCUCCUCCAGCGGCCCUGCCGGCCUCGACGGCUCUCUCGUUCGGGAGUCUGCUGAGUUCGGCGGCCACAGCGGUCGUUUCCGCCGGGAGCCGAGGAGAGGAAGAUGCCAAGGCCGUCACGACACCGGAGAAGCCUUCUUCAAGCGAUGCAGCGGCAGCCGCUGUGGCGGCCACAGCAGCGGUGCAAACGCCGCCGCAACCGCAGGGGCCGACUCCGGAGCCUCCGCAAGACCCUCUCGCCUACCCCGCGCCUUCACCGGCAGAAGCAGACGGGGCGAGCGUCGGCGCAGCUUUGGUGCCCCCCCCUGCCAAAGACGCCCCUCCCGCCGCGGUGUCUGGCGAUCCCAAGGCCGAGGGGCCUCCUGCCGUCACCUCCUCGGACCCCCCCGCUCCAGCGAACGUGGCCCCUCCUCAACCCGCCGAAGCGACCGGUGCGCCUCCCUCGCCCUCCAACCCGAGUCCAGCUCUCCAGGCCCCGGCCCCGGGGAGUUCCGCGUUCACGGCGGCCGUCUCGAGCUCGUCCGUCUUCACGCAGCUCCCUGCCUCGGCCUCGUCUCCGUCUGCCUCCGCCUCGUCUCCGUCUGCCUCGGCCUUCAGCCAGCCUGCGGCCGACACGUCAGCGACCCCUUCUGCUCCCCCGGUCUUCGGCCAGCUCUCCGGCCCAGCCGCGGUGGAGGCCCCUCCCUUCGGCCAGCCCCCAGCCGCCCCGCCGUCCACCUCCACCGUCACUGCCCAGGGGGCGGCCGCCGGGUUUAGUACCUCCGCCUUCGGCUCCGCGACCGCCGCCGGCUUCGGCCACCCAGCCUUCGGGCAAACUCCCGCCUUCGGCCAGCCAGCCAACACGGCCAGCGGCUUCUCUUUCAACCAGGCGGCCUUCGGGGCCACCCCUGCUUUCGGGCAGGCGGCUUCCGCCCCGGCCGCCCCGGCUUCCAGCAGCGGCCAUGCCUUCGGGGUGCCGGCCAGCACCAGCACCGCCAGCUCCUUCUCGUUCGGACAGCCGUCCACCGCCACCGGGCUCUUCGGCCAGAGCGGCCCACCGGCUUUCGGGCAGAGUUCCACCUUCGGACAGGCAGGGUCGAUCUUUGGCACCGCCAGCGGCGCCGCCGCCACCACCACUCCGACUUCUUCGGCAGGAUUCAGCUUCUGUCAGGCCUCAGCCUUCGGUUCCAGCAGCCCCAGCGCCGUCUUCGGGCAAGCAGCCAACGCCAGCAGUAGCCUCUUCGCCCAGCAGCCCUCUUCCGGCGGGGGUCUCUUUGGGUCCGGAAGCAGCGGAGGGAGAGGAGGGGGCUUCUUCAGCGGCCUGGGAGGGAAGCCAAGCCACGAGGCGGCCAAUAAGAACCCUUUCAGUUCCACCGCUGGAGGAUUCGGCACGCCAGCCACCCAGAAUACGUCGACCCUUUUUGGAAACAGUGGGGCCAAGGCCUUUGGAUUUGGCACUGCCUCCUUUGGCGAGCAGAAGCCCAUGGGCACGUUCAGCUCUGGCGGCGGGAGCGUGGCGUCUCAAGGCUUUGGGUUCUCCAGCCCGACCAAAGCAGGUGGCUUCGGAGCUGCUCCAAUGUUUGGCAGCCCUCCCACUUUUGGGGGCUCCCCCGGGUUCGGAGGGGUGCCAGCAUUCGGUUCAGCCCCAGGCUUUACAAGCCCUCUGGGCUCGACGGGAGGCAAAGUCUUCGGCGAGGGGACGGCCGCGGCCAACGCUGGAGGAUUCGGCUUCGGCGGCACGGCUAACACGGCGUCAUUCGGCACGCUGGCGAGUCAGAACACGCCCACCUUCGGCUCCCUCUCCCAGCAGACUCCAGGUUUCGGCACGCAGGGCAGCGGCUUCUCCGGCUUCGGGUCGAGCGGAGGAGGCUUUGGGUUUGGAUCAUCGAACGCAUCCACUUCCGGAUUUAGCGGCUGGAGGAGCUGAAGGGAGGCUGAGCCGUUUUCGCCCUGCCCUGCGGACGAACAGGAGCGGCGUACGGAUUCAUACUGCAGCGAACCUUCAGGAUUACCUUCUU